GGCCGCCAGCCAACCAGCGAAGAACUCCUCCGGUCGCCACUCGAAAGGUAAACAACGAGGCAGUUCUUCUGGGUGGAGACUCACUUAAAGACCUGGUGGAAGCGGCUAGGUGGAAGACUAGAGCCAAAAAUAAAAGUAGCGAUAAGAACCUUAACGGUAAAGUAUCUGGCAGAUGCGAGCUAAUAAGCCGAGAGCAAACGGGUUCUAGCUGGCCGGGGCAAGUCCAAUGAGAAGAGUGUCUGCGGAGUGAGUGCGAGUGAAUCUCUGAGCGCUUUGUGGCGGCAACUGAACGAAGCGGCCAAGAGAGCAGUUGUGGUGGUGGUGGUAGUGGUGGUCGUGCCGAGAGUGCCGGAGUGGUGGUGGUGGUGGUGCUGGCCCGUGUGGUGGUGGCUGAGCAAAGCAAAUCAGCCAAACGCGUCGAAGGUCUUGCCCCGCUGGCGAGAGAGCAUGGCGUGCGAGCGGGAGCGGCGACUUUCACUCAACUGGCUGGGUGAAUAGAAAGGCCCCAAGUGCGAGCGGAGCAGCAGCAGGACACCGCCGGGGUGUCUGUGUCUCACUCCACGGAGAGAGAUUUGUGUGAUGUGUCGUUAGGUCGAAAUGGUCGAGUCGGGUCGGGUCGUGUACCUUUUGCCACGAAUGUUGUGCCACAGUCAGGCUCUGACUCGAGAACAGCUGAGAUUUCGCUGCUCCGCAUGACGCGCAUUUCGAAGAUAUCGAAGAUACAAAUAGCAAAGAUACUUGCGCUUGAGUUUGAAAUUUUUUCAAGUCCCAGCCGCCUUUCUUCUUCGUGAGUGCCGAUCGUGAAUAGAAAUCUAAUUCCAAAUCCAAAUCUAAAACAAAUCGCAAACAAAAAAUAAACGCCAAGUGAUUUUAAGUGAAUCGUGCUAAGAUGUUAGCAAGAAAAUAAAAAAAUACAUAAUAUUUUUGAAUCAAAAAUAUUUGAAAAAUAAAUAAAAGAAUUCGAACCGCUGACGAGAUAACCACCUCUGAGCCAAGGACUCAGCUUAAAGUACAUCCCAGUGAACAAGUCGCGGGCGGUACGAGUGCGUACAAAGUGUAUUCCAGCAAUUACCCCACGUGUUCCGACCCAGCCGCCAAAAUUAUUACACACAACUCUUUGAGCGUGUACGGUGGCGGCGUCAUGUGCGCCUCCCCGUCCACGGCUCCCGGAUUCUUCAAUCCCCGCACCCAGUCCGGCGCGGAGCUCUCGCCCUUCGACCUGGGCCUCUCCCGCUCGAUGGGUCUGGGCGUCCCGCCGCACACAGCCUGGCACGAGCCGCCCAACCUGGGCAGCCACCUGCACGCUGCCUCCGCCGGUCCCGGCGGUUCCCUCGCCGGCACCGGAGCCACCGUAGGUGGUGGUGCGCCCAGUGCCGGUCUACCCACCGCCGGCGGUGGCACCACACCCAGCAGCGUGGCCAGCCAGCAGUCGGCCGUGAUCAAGCAGGACCUCUCGAGCCUGAACCAGAGCUCCGGCGGCCACCACAACAUCAAGGAGGACCUCUCCAGCCUGCCCAGCGCCAACGGAGGAUCCGCUGCCGGCCAUCACUCUGGUGGAGGCAAUGCCGGCGUCCAGGGACACGGCUCCGACAUGCUGCCCCUGAUCAAGGGACAUGGCGGCCAGGAAAUGCUCACCACCAUCAAGGGCCAGCCGGUGGGCUGUGGCAGCACCACGCCCAGCUCCCAGGCGAACAGCUCCCACUCGCAGAGCAGCAACAGCGGCUCCCAGAUCGACAGCAAGCAGAACAUCGAGUGCGUGGUGUGCGGCGACAAGAGCUCCGGCAAGCACUACGGCCAGUUUACCUGCGAAGGCUGCAAGUCGUUCUUCAAGCGCUCGGUGCGACGCAAUCUCACUUAUUCGUGCCGCGGCAGCCGAAACUGCCCCAUUGACCAGCACCAUCGGAAUCAAUGUCAAUAUUGCCGCUUGAAGAAGUGCCUCAAGAUGGGCAUGCGACGCGAAGCUGUGCAACGUGGCCGCGUUCCGCCCACCCAGCCCGGUCUGGCCGGCAUGCACGGACAGUACCAGAUCGCCAACGGAGACCCCAUGGGAAUCGCUGGCUUCAAUGGGCACUCGUACCUCAGUUCCUACAUCUCGCUGCUGCUGCGGGCGGAGCCGUAUCCCACCUCCCGAUAUGGCCAGUGCAUGCAGCCCAACAACAUUAUGGGCAUCGACAACAUCUGCGAACUGGCCGCCCGACUCCUCUUCUCCGCUGUGGAGUGGGCCAAGAACAUACCCUUCUUCCCGGAGCUGCAGGUGACCGACCAGGUGGCGCUCCUGCGACUGGUCUGGUCGGAACUGUUCGUCCUGAACGCCAGCCAGUGCUCAAUGCCGCUGCAUGUGGCGCCGCUGCUGGCCGCCGCCGGACUGCACGCCUCCCCAAUGGCCGCCGACCGAGUGGUCGCCUUCAUGGACCACAUCCGCAUCUUCCAGGAGCAGGUCGAGAAGCUGAAGGCGCUGCACGUGGACUCGGCGGAGUACUCCUGCCUCAAGGCCAUCGUGCUGUUUACCACCGGUAAGUUGCUGGACAUCCUGUACAAGGAUGUGCCGGCGCUGCUCGCCAAGGUUUCAGGGCUGCUGGUUAAGAGCUUAAAGGUGUCAAACGAUGAGGUUUUGAAUGUGGUGCGCGAACACCUGGAUGAGUUCAAUCGCCUGGAGCUGGAGUCCAAGGCGCCCCAACAGGCUCCCAUACACCUGGCUACCUUCAUGAAGAGCGUGGCCGGCGUCGAGGCUGCAGUGCAGCAGGCCGAGAAUCAGCAGCAGGAGCGCGCUACAACCUCCUCCGCCUCCUCCUCCGCUGUAGUGACUUCCUCUGCCUCCUCUGCUGCUGCCGCUUCUGCUGCUCCCCUGGUGCCCUCCGCCGGCAGUGCCUUCAGCAGCUGUCAGGUGAAGAGCGCCGGCUCCGAGGUGGAUCUUCUGGCCAGCCUGUAUGCCCAGGCCCAGGCCACACCCCCCAGUUCGGGAGGCGACUCCUCCGGGCACAAUAAUAGCAGCGGUCUGGGCGCCUCGCUUCCUACUCAAUCGCAAAGCGGUUCGUCCUCCCUCCACCUAACCGCCUCGCCUCUGAGUACUUCGCUGGCCCCACCCGCCUCGACAGCAGCCCCUGCGGUGACCACCACCACCGCAUCCUCCGCUGCAUCCUCGGCGCUGGGCGGUGGAGCCUAUCAGACGCUGUUCCACUACCAAACGCCACCGCGCGCCCCCUUCGGAUCGGCCUUCGAUAUGUUCCACCACAGUACGCCCUUCGGGGUGGGCGUGGGCCAGGGGUCCUACGGGAGCCCCAGCUACAGGUACUCGCCCUAUAGCCUCGCCGGCAGUAGAUGGCAGUUGUAGGAUCUCACCCUGUACUUGCCUGUAAAUCAGUAAUCUGUAUCUAUAUAGCUGCUAGGUCAAACCCCCGUACAUGUACUUACGUUAGUGCCUAUUGCUAGUAUUUCUCUAUUUAUUGCCUUAUGCUAAGUUAAUUUAUUUUAGUGGUAAUCCUUAGCUUAGACUCGUCUAGUGAACUUUGACAAAAUACCAAAAAUCGAUGAGGGAGGAGAUGAAAGAAUUUAUGAAUAUACAAAAGCUGUUGCUGUUGAACAAAAAAUCUAAUCCUGGCUUGUGUUUUUACUCGUUAUUGUUACUAAUGCUUACACCGCUUGUUGACUAAUUUUAAACUUAUUAACCUUGUUUUAUUUGCUUACUUUACUAACAAAUCAUUAUUAGAAAUCACGUUAUUAUAUCGAGUGGGAUCCUACUUUAUAUUUGAUGUAUUUGUUGCCGUAAACAAACAAUGUUUAAGUUGUUUAUUUUUGAAUUUUUAAACUCUUACAAUAUUUACAGUAUUAUAAUUUUCAGGCUUAUAUAAUUAUUUUAUACUUCAAUCAAGAGUUUAUAUAAAUUUAAAAACAAGAGAUUGAGAUAUAGAAUAAUUGUUAAAUUAUAGAGUCAGACAAUGAUUAAAUUGUUUUUAGUGAAAACUAUUAAAAUAGUUUAAUCAUUGUUUGUGUUCAAAGAUAAAUAGAUUGAUUUUCUGAAUAAAUAAUUUUCAAUAAAUAAAUUUCAUUGCGUGAUCACAUGAUUUUGUUUUAAAAAGAACAUAUGAAAACAAAACCAUAUGAUUUUUUCCAUUUAAAGAUUUUUAAACAAAAACAAUACAAUUAAUAAAUAAAAGCCCAAGAUUCUUAAAAUGAUGAGCACUCUCUGAUUAAGUGAUCGAGGCUCCAUAAUCCCCCAGGUAAAGGUACACCCAUUUUAUUAAACCUAUUUCAGCUCAUUGGAAAACUUUAAUUUUUGUUGAUUUUUUCAUGUUUCUAAAAUACUAUAAUUUCACCAAAACUUAUGGUUUUCCUUGGUUCAAAAUGCAUAUUUAUUUAACACUAAUCUUUUCACAUUUUUAUUUCAUUUUUUAACAAAAGCUUUGCACAAAAACACAAAAUUUAAUCUCAUCCGCACGUGGCAACGAAACUCUGGACUUUGGGAUUACUCACACACACUCACACCCACCUAACACAUGCACACUGCACACAAACACAAUCACACAAAUAAAUCACGGCAGCUUAUAUGCGAAUAAUUUAAAUAUUUUUAAAACGCCUUAUAUAUACUUAUUUUUAGACAAUUAGGUUCCACGCGAAAUAAAUCACAGAACUUUUGUAUGCAAA